AUGAAUAUCUGGCUGCACACCUACACCCUAGACGUUCCCUUUUUUCUGAAAAAUGUGCGCCACACGGGAAUCGAAGUUUUCGGGAGCGAGUACACCUUCUCCAUGGACGGAAUCACCACAUGCAAGCCCAAGAGGUCGACUAUCGGGCAGUACUGCAAGAGCUACGAAUUGACCUUCGUGGAAAUAACAUACGCCCAGUUUGCCGAAAUUUUAAACGCCCUCGGAAAGAUAUACAGACCCAACACCUACAACUUCGUGUGCAAAAACUGCAACCACUUCUGCGAUGACUUGUUUGAGUUGCUCAGUGGAAAAAGAUUGUUUCAUACAUUUAUGAUUUAUUCUCGAUUGGGAAAAUUAUUUGGAAACUUUAAGAACCUAGCCUUCUGUGGGUACAUUGACUCCAUGGAGCUUUCCGGCAAUGACAAGGAAAUGUACGUCUACGCGCUGAAGUUGUCCAAGUCGAUCAUACGAAGGAAUAGGAAUGCGCCCGUUGGGGUGACGAACAAAUCGCAGAGCGGAUUACCGACUGGCUUACCUUCCGGCAUGACGGGCACUUUAACGAGCGGCCUGCCCAGCAACUUGCCCCCCCUCCAUUUCAACAAACCAAACGACGACUAUUGUAGCCGAUUUUGCAGCCCGUCCCCUAUAUAUAUCAUCCCGUACUCCACCUACACGAAUGACUCCUGCAUGGUCCAAAGCGUCUCCUACGGCGAGAAUACCUUUAACGGCCCAAUGGACAGCCUCCCUGAUGAGACGCACAAGGGUUUUUUCCCGAACGGCCAAUUCAGAACUGUUUAUUCGAUUAGCACGAGUGGCAGCUUUUCAAUGGCAUGA